CAUUUCAAAAAUGGUUACAUAAAUUCAAACUCAUAUUACACAUUCCUAGUUUCUUAGUUCAAAGUAAUGUAAACCUGCAAAGUCAAUUAAUAAGGUUGAUUUAAAUUUUCAUCGAAAUAUUUAUUAUAACUUAUAAUUAAUUUUAAUAUGUCAGAAAUAUAUAUCAAUAGUGUCAAUAAUUGAUUUGACAAAAAUAUGUGCACCAAAGGAGCAACAGUUGCAGAGCUUUUUACCAAAGUUAUCGCCACUACAAAAUGUUUUGAUCAAAAUCUUCGUAAGGUGAAAGUAGUGCGCUGUGAUAAUGGAAGAAUGCUGACAGAAUUCCAAGUUGGACCAGAACAUUUAAAUCAAAGAGGAACACUCCAUGGGGGAUUUAUAGCCCACUUAGUUGAUGCUAUCUCAACAUAUGCACUGACAUCAAAUGAAAAGGUGGACACAAGAGGUGUAUCUAUUGAUCUUAGUGUAAGCUACAUGAGUGCAGCAAAAGAAGGUGAUAAUAUAGAAGUGGAAGCUGUUACAAAGAAGACAGGAAAAAAAAUUGCAUUUUUGGAAGUUGAAGUAAGAAAUAAAGAUAGUAGGCAGGUUUUAGCCAUAGGUAGACACACAAAAUAUAUAGGGGUGUAAUUCGUUGGACUAAAUACACAUUUGAUAGUAGAAGCUUAUACUAAUUGAAGUAUUUAAAAUGUUUCUGGUGCAUUAUUUCAGCUUUAUUAUAAAUAUGUGAUAUAAAAAAUAUAUGUUAUAAUUGGUGUCUUUUUUAAAUAAAAAGCCAUUAUUUAUCUUUUUUUAUUUAUUGAACAUUAAAACUUAUAUAUGUAAAUAUAUAGAACACAUUGAUUUUUUAUUAUUAGACUAAUAAUUAUCUUGGAAAUAAAGUUAUUAUAAUA